AAAGCGCGAGCGUCCGCGGCUCGGUCUGGUCCUCGCGGGCUUCCGUCCGCCGCGUCCGCGCUCGGGAGAGCCUGGGGGUUUCAAGAUGGCGGCGCCCGCGGCCCCGGUGUUGAGGGAGAGCCCUAGCAUGAAGAAAGCAGUGUCGCUGAUAAACGAAAUAGAUAUAGGAAGAUUUCCUCGGUUGCUAACCCGGAUUAUUCAAAAACUUCACCUGAAGGCUGAGAGCAGUUUCAGUGAAGAAGAGGAGGAAAAGCUUCAAGCCGCAUUUUCUCUAGAGAAGCAAGAUCUUCACCUAGUCCUUGAAACAAUAGCAUUUAUUUUAGAGCAGGCGGUGUACCACCAUGUGAAGCCGGCCACCUUCCAGCAGCAGUUACAUGGCAUCCGCCUGGCGCAGGACAAAGUUGAAGCCUUCCUCAGCGUCUGGUCUUCCUUUGGUCAGGAGACAGUGGAGAAGUUCAGGCAGAGGAGUCUGACUCCCCACAAGUUGGAGACAGUUGGAUGGCAGCUUAACCUUCAAAUGGCUCACUCUGCUCAAGCAAAGCUGAAAUCUCCACAAGCUGUGCUGCAGCUGGGCGUGAGCAGCGAAGACUCAAAGUCAUUGGGGUACAGUUACGUGUAGUGGAGCAUAAACUCUGGGAAAAAAGCACCAGAGGCCUUGGCAGCUGCUGUUGGUGAAGCACCCUAGUGAAGGCCCUGGCAUGGGUAGAGUAAUGAACACGUGUUCAUUUCAAGUUGUUGGAAAGUGUUGGAUAAGGAAAUUCAUAUCAUGCUUAAAUCCUGUAACAGAGAUAAGUCAAAUAUGGAGGUAAGGUAGACCUUAGAUUUUAUUUCUGUAAAAUGAAUUAAAACAAUGAACAAAAUAUUGUGGUACUGAGCCCAUCAUCCUGGACUAAGUCAUUGUAGCCAAGUAUUAGAUGCACAUCUUCCCUGUCUUGUUCUCGGUACUUGUAACAGUGCAGACAUGCGAUUUCUGUUGUUUUGGAGGGUCUUCCUUCAUCAUGCUGUGGAUGCAUCUAAGCAGGUAUGAUGUGCACUGUGCAUAUGAUCAUUUCCGUUUGGCACGUCUUAAGAUAUUUAUCCAUUUAUUUUUGCUAUUAUUUGUGAUAUAGCAGUCUGGUUAGGACCUACUACAUUUUAACUUCUUUUUUGCCUCCUAUGAAAUAUUUCAAUCCUUAUUCGAUGAAUUGAGAGUGUUAGAAAGGAAAAAAAGGAUUUCCCCCAGGUCAUGUUAACCUUAUGCUUUGGAAGCAGAAUAUAUCUAAUCAUUCAACUUGUUGUUUGCAACGAAUCACAGUGACAAGCAUUGUUGCCAUGGUAUUUGGAUAAAAUUGUUAUAGGUGUGGACAGUUGGAAAAGGUAUGCAUACUUUCUUCUGGAUUUAUUACCAGCAAUGUUUUGUUGUUUUUUUUUCAAAUUGUAUAUUUUACAGAACCAUCUUCAAUUUAAACAUGUGGUGAUUUCCAUACAGAGAAACUCAACUGGACAAAAUGUAUGCAAAUAAUUUCUCACUUAUAAAUACAGACCUGUACAACACUGUAUGGGUGUGUGUAAAAUGUGUAUAAACAUUUUAAUUAGGCAUAGGCUAUAUCUUUUAAUAACUAUUGUCUGUAUUUCAACUACCAAGGUAUCAGUCUGGAUUGUGAUCUCUCCCAGUGACUCUUGGUAAAUUUCUUUGGUAUAACAGUGCAUAUGUUGAAGGUGGACCAAAAUCCAUAGCCAACUGAGUAGAUUUUGUACAUCUUCUCAUUCCUCAUAAUUGAACUUGCUAAUUGAGACUGAAGGCUUUCCUAUAUAGGUAACACUGUAAGAGCAACAAGGUAUGUACUUUGGUGUCUGAAAGGACAGUUUGUUUACUGUUUGUUAGAUUUCUGACAUAAAAUUGAAUAACACAAGUGUUUUGGAGAGAUUCUGGCAGUGUUUCAGUCCAUCUCCAUGUUUGAUUAGCGUACAGUACAUCCUUCAGGCGCCCCUUCAAAGCAGUGAUUUUGGAACAGCAUUCCAUCAACUAUAUUCCAUAUUCAGACUCUUGAUGCAUAUCUGACAAAAAUGGAACAACUCUUGUUGAGUAAGCGACAGAGAGUUAGUUACUGUUAACUUCUUGCUUAUUCUUCCCCUCAAUUUCUGGAAACUCUUUGACACCCUUAGAGCUCCCUACCACUUAUUUGGGAGGGUUAAAUAAGAAAAGAACCUAAAGAAUAAGCUAAAGAGAAAUAGUCAUUUUACCUUAGUGAUCAACUUUAAAUAAAGCAGCAAUUAAGUGGUUCUAUGCAGUUAAUUUUAACCUCAAAAAUUAACACAUAUUUGUUCGUAUCAGCAAUCGUAGUAGCUGCUCCACAAAGUUGGUGUGAUCCUGAUUGUGCAAGGGAAAUAAUUGUAAAUUGUAAAGUUAGAUUCAAUAUCCUUCUUUGCAGCAUUAUUUUAUUAUUGUUUGCAAAGCUUUAAGACUUGGAUCUGUAUCUUCUCGUUCCAAGUUUAAGAUUCUAUAAAGGGCCAAGUAUGCCCUUUCCCCAGAAUAAUUGCAGUUUUUUGGAGGAAGGCUCUCUGGGGAAAGUUCCAGCAAGUUUUAUUUGUACUACCUCCUGGAAAUAAACCUUGUGUAUGAUCAUAUUUAAACUCAGUUGUUGGCAUUGGUGUUUAAAGUGAAUGAUUUUUGCCUAAUGGCAUGUCUGGAUCUUACAGAAUGGCUUAAGGCUGGAAAAUACAGCUUUCUGCCCGGUCGCUUUGUGUAUUACAUGUUGACACGUAUGUUAAAUGAUCAAGGAAAUCCCAUAUUGGCUUUCCAGCUGGUGAUUUUAGAGGUUGAAAUGUGAUUUGACUUAUUGUCUACGGGUAGAUAGAAGUGGGGGAGAAAAACUAGAUGAUUUUAGGAGCAGACAAGGUCUUUAUACUUCCUACAUUAGGAGUGAAAGGGGAAGGAGUCAGAGAUAGAUAGAAGGUGAGGGAGAGAGGUUAUAGAAAGAAAGAGCUGAUGUUAAUACGAAUGGUAGUUUGUAGGAAUAUUGACUGUUGCCUCUUUUAUGUGGUAUCCUGAAUUACCAAGAACCUUCCACUUUAUGGUUGUGUAGAAGCACUGGGGCCUCUGGGAUUUGGAGCCUUGGCCCCUCAUGUUUGUUGCUUUAUGCUGUCUGCCCCAGGAAGGAAUAUACAAGUGCUUUAUCUUCAGUGUCUUAGAAAAUAGAGCUAAGUUCCCAUUUGGAGAGGCGUGCGCGGUGUGUGUGUGUGUGUGUGUGUGUGUGUGUGUGUGUGUGUGUGUGUGUGUGUGGCGCAGGGUGUGUGUGUGUGUGUUCAUUCCUCCAGGACACCUUCUUCUGUAUCUUCAGUCUUGGACCAGGCUGGAGACAAGGGAGAAAAGGAACACAAGGAUCAAUAUCCCGGAGUCUGAACUGCAAACAUGUAGGUUAAUUAAAAAAAUACCAACUUUACAUUUGGUAUAGCAAGGCUUUGGCAUGUCAACUCUGGUUUUUACUUUUUUAAAAACUUGACUGUUCAGUGAUGUUUCAGUGGUGAUUUCCGUGUAAAAACUUGAGUUAACAGGGUCUGAAUGUAAAUCAUGUAAAUAAUAUACUCAGCUCUUUGACUUUUGCCUUUGUAACGUUUCUGAAAGUUAAACUACUAA